CGGUGGUGUUGCGUGAGAGGCGGGGCUUAGGUGCUGUGCUGGGUGAUUGGAUAGAUAUUGCGUGACGAUACGAUACACGGAAGUAAUUGACUCGUGCAUGUCGGCGAUAACCAGAGUCUAUGGUUGAAUCCUGUAGCCCUAACUCUAAACUAUGGAACAAACUAAUGAUGGGAGUUUAGCUCAUGUCCGGCAUGUUGUGUUGGUCUUGUCGGGUAAAGGAGGAGUGGGCAAGAGCACCAUCACAACAGAAUUAGCACUGGCUCUCAGGCAUGCUGGCAAGAAGGUUGGUAUCCUGGAUGUUGACCUAUGUGGGCCCAGUAUUCCCCGCAUGCUGAGUGUGGGCCGGCCUGAUGUACACCAGUGUGACUCAGGAUGGGUGCCAGUCUACACUGAUGCCGAGAAGAGCCUCGCCCUUAUGUCCAUCGGCUUCCUACUGGAGGACCCAGAUGAAGCAGUGGUGUGGAGGGGCCCCAAGAAAACUGCUUUGAUUGGCCAGUUUGUGUCAGAUGUAGCAUGGGGAGAGCUGGAUGUGUUGCUGGUGGACACGCCACCAGGAACAUCUGAUGAGCAUUUAGCGGUACUGGAAAACCUCAAGAAACACAGAGUGGACGGUGCCAUUUUGGUCACCACACCACAGGCAGUAUCUACAGGGGAUGUAAGGAGAGAGAUCACCUUCUGUAAGAAGACAGGUGUACGGAUCCUGGGUAUCAUAGAGAACAUGAGUGGCUUUGUUUGUCCACACUGCUCUGAAUGCACCAAUAUAUUCUCAAAGGGUGGUGGCGAAGAGUUGGCCAAACUGACUGGAUCAGUAUUCCUAGGUUCUAUGCCCUUGGAUCCUCUGCUCGGCACCAGUCUAGAGGAGGGCAGAGACUUCAUACAGUCAUUUCCUGACAGUGCCACCUUCAGUGCUAUCAGCAGUAUUUCUCAGACUCUGCUCAACAAUCUCCAAGCAGCUUGAUCAUGACAAUUUCACUCAAAUUUCUGGAGUAUGUUCAGAUUUUAGCACGCAGGUUCUGUGAAAUGUAUAUGGCGUUUUCUUUUUCCUGUACAGAUUACCUUUUCAUACUGCCAGGAGUACAAUGCAGGCAUUGUGUGCAGUUAUCUUUCAGUGCUGCAGUUACUGAGAAGUGAGCCACUGAGCAGUGAUUACCAGCUCUCAGCCAAGCAAAAGGAAGAGAUGAAUACCAUCAACGGCAAUUUAGCUAGUCUGUUUUGCAGUGAUUUUAGGGACAUACUGAUGUAAUAGGUGAUAAAGUCAUGAUGCUUGUACAACUCUAAAGGUGUCAGUGAAAUAUACAGUACUGAAAACACUACAUUUUGUUUGGAAGCCA